ACGCACACGCAUGCACACAUGAGCCAGUGGGGGAGGGACAGAGAGAAGAGGUAGGAGAGAAAAUCCCAAGCAGGUUUUCCGGGCUAUCAGUGCAAUGCCCGAUGUGGGCUCAGUCUCAUGAACCCAGAGAUCACAACUUGAGCUGAAAUCAAGAGUUGGAUGCUUAACCAACUGAGCCACCCAGGUGGCCCAUUGACAUGGACAUUUUGUCUUAUAUAAUGUUGUCUUAUAUAAUGUCCCACAUUGUCUUGUAUAAUGUCCCACGAUCUGGAUUUGUCUGAUCAUUUCCUUAUGAUUAGAUUGCAUUUAAACCAUGUGGAUAUACUUUUACCUUUUAAAAAAUUAAAGAUAUAAACAUAGGAAUAGUGUGGAUUUUAUAGAGUCUUUUGCAAGCAUCACUUCUAGUUACUACCAAACAGUAGCAAGGCACCUAAUCUUCUAGUGAGGAUGUCACAAAGCCAAAGAACAUUAAAUUGAAGACAAUUUAGAUUUUUGUCUGCAGAAGUCACAAACUGCAGAAAAUUAGGAAAACAGGCACAGUCUUAAAACGCGAUAGACACCGAAAGCUGGAUUUUGACACUGUGGUAUGGACUGUGUUUUCCUUAUUGUUCUUCCUCUGCCCGCCAUCAUUUAAAUCAUUUAAAUCAUCUGUGCUGCCCUGGAAGCUCUUGAGUAAGAGACCCACGUACCCACAUGUCAUUACAUAGCUAGGGAAACUUUAGGUUAGAGCAGCCACAUUGCGGAGGAAUUAGUAUGAGACAGAAUAGUCAGGUCCCGAAACCUCAGUCUCUUAAAGCCCCAAUUGGUUCUCAACCAGAACUCAGUUAUUUGCAUUGAUGAGACAAGUAAAAACUUUUUAACCUUGGCAUCUUCUGUGAUGAGGCAAGAUGAAGGAAUCAGGCAUACCGCAGAAUGAAGUUUUAUCUUACACAAUAUAGCUACAGGGCUUUGGCCGACCAAGUGUGUACCAUGCUGCUAUUGUCAUCUUCCUAGAAUUCUUUGCGUGGGGCUUGUUGACAACUCCAAUGUUAACUGUUCUACAUGAAACAUUUCCUCAACACACAUUCCUCAUGAAUGGUCUCAUUCAAGGUGUAAAGGGCCUGCUAUCUUUUCUGAGUGCCCCCCUCAUAGGCGCUCUGUCUGAUGUGUGGGGGAGGAAACCCUUUCUCCUGGGCACCGUCUUCUUCACCUGCUUCCCAAUUCCACUGAUGAGGAUCAGCCCGUGGUGGUAUUUUGCGAUGAUUUCUGUGUCUGGAGUCUUCUCGGUCACAUUCUCUGUGAUAUUUGCUUAUGUAGCUGAUGUCACUCAGGAACACGAGCGAAGUACUGCUUAUGGAUGGGUGUCAGCCACCUUUGCAGCAAGUCUGGUGAGCAGCCCGGCCAUUGGAGCAUACCUUUCAGCCAGUUACGGAGACAGCCUUGUUGUGCUGGUGGCCACAGUCGUGGCUGUUCUGGACAUCUGCUUCAUCUUAUUGGCUGUUCCAGAAUCUUUGCCAGAGAAAAUGAGGCCGCUUUCCUGGGGAGCUAAGAUUUCUUGGAAACAAGCAGACCCUUUUGCGUCACUGAAGAAAGUUGGAAAAGAUUCUACUGUCUUACUAAUUUGCAUCACCGUGUUUCUUUCAUACCUUCCUGAAGCUGGACAGUAUUCAAGUUUUUUUCUCUAUCUCAGACAGGUCAUAGGUUUUGGAUCUGUUAAGAUUGCAGCAUUCAUAGCUAUGGUAGGAAUUCUGUCUAUUGUGGCUCAGACAGUGUUUCUUACCAUCUUGAUGAGAUCGUUGGGGAAUAAGAAUACUGUCCUCCUUGGCUUGGGCUUCCAGAUGUUCCAGUUAGCCUGGUAUGGUUUUGGAUCUCAGGCCUGGAUGAUGUGGGCAGCAGGGACGGUGGCCGCCAUGUCCAGCAUCACAUUUCCUGCAGUCAGUGCUCUUGUCUCUCGGAACGCAGAGUCAGAUCAGCAAGGAGUUGCCCAGGGGAUCAUAACUGGAAUAAGAGGACUGUGUAAUGGCCUGGGGCCAGCACUGUAUGGCUUCAUAUUCUACAUGUUCCAUGUGGAACUGACUGAGUUGGAACCGGAAUUGAAUUCUGAUAAUACUGCCUUGCAGGGAGCUGUCAUCCCAGGCCCGCCGUUUUUAUUUGGGGCAUGUAUAGUUCUUAUGUCUUUCCUGGUUGCCUUAUUCAUCCCUGAAUAUAGUAAAGGCAGUGGAAUUCAAAAACACAGCAACAGCAUCAGCGGCAGCCUGACCAACAUGCCAGAGCGGGGCAGUGAUGAGGACAUUGAGCCACUGCUGCAAGACAGCAGCAUCUGGGAGCUCUCUUCUUUCGAGGAGUCUGGGAAUCAGUGCACCGAGCUGUAAACUGGGCACAAAGGAGGAUUCUGCAGAUGCCGUCUCUAAGAGCCAUGGGGAGCCACACCACGUAGGAGAUUUCAUGGUGCUGGAGGGAAGAUAUUAGCGGCAUCCUUCAGGGCCAGGUUUGAGAAGUGACUCCCUCCACCCUUCUGCCUCCUUCCUCCUCCUGGUUCUUUUCUUCUUUUUGUUUGUACAUUAGAACAAGAUUUGAAGUACUUUCCUGCAAAGAGUAUUGCAGCUCUCAAAGUCAUCUGGAGUCCACACUUCAAAACUUAAAUAGAAAGAUUUCGUAUCUGUGGUAGGAAGCCUGGCUUUCCUUGAGUAAUUCUGGAGUGAUAGCGGUCUUUCCAUCUCCCUUUCCGUGGAAGGUACAGGGUGGUGUGGACAGGAGUUGAGGUGAAAAGUCCCUUCUUAUUUUCUUCCUUCCUGCUUCUCUGAUCCUUGCCCGCUUAGCCCACAGGUGUUCGUGAGUGGCCACUCCAAGAGUCACUCAGUUUCAGGGAUCUCUUGCCUUUGUUCAAAGGUCAAACAAAAACCCAAGUCUUAUUCUCCUUUUCCUUCUACUUCCUAUUCUUGGCUAGAAUGAAAUUCAGCAUAUAAACCUCUGGACAUUAUUAAUAUUGAUCAGUGAUAACCUUUACUAGAUAAAGGAAAAUUUUCUUAAAAAUUUAAAUUAUGAAGAACUGGCAACUCAGAUUGCUAGUGUUUGGGUCAGAUCCAAGGUGAUUCUACAGAAGAAAAAUACACAUCGACUAGUCUGGUGGCAACACAGAAAUUGAAGGAAGCUUCUAAGAAAGUUUUUGACAAUAUAAAUAUUACUAAGUGAGGAUGAGAAUUAGUGACUGGAUACCGGCAGAAUUUAUAUCCAACUUCGGACCAUAGAACGUAUUAUUACCAUCUGCUCCUUGCUGCAUCUUCUGUGUUUGUCUUCUGAGUUUUUCUCAUUCAUCACACUCCUGCCUUAACUGCUCUGUAGUGUGCAUUUGUUUCCAGUCAGUAUUUCCAUCUGUUUAUCUGACUUUUGAAUCUCAUGGGAAUAUGCACAUUAAAUUCUUUUCUAAAACAUGGUGGUUUAGGAAGCUCAGUUUCAGAAAUGUGUCUUGCUAAUUUUUCGAGAUGUUUUAUGGACAGAAAAAUUUACAGAUUUAUAUGUAUUUUGCUGCACCAGUAAAUGGACCAUUAACUAGGGCCCACCCACCUUUAACAGAGCACUCCUCUGAAAGUUUUAUAGGUAUGAAAUAUAUGUAGAUAUUUGUAAGGAGUUUUAAAUUUUUUUUUGAUGGGGUGCUGUGUAAAUCUUGUAUUUAUAAAUGUAAUGAAGGUGUUGACAGAAAAAUAUAUAUACAUUUUUUAUAAGGAUUGUGUACUGACUGAAUACAUUUAAAAGAAAAUAUAUUUUGAAACCUGUUCUGCUAUGAACAGAUAACAUAUCUUUUUACUAUGCUGUUGGUUUUUAAGUUAAGCUUCCUAAUGCAUAAUAAAUUUGCAAUGGAUACUUUUA